AUGGCGGCGAUGGCGCCUGGAGGUGGCGGCGGCGGCGUGAACCCUUUCCUCAGCGAUUCGGACGAGGACGAGGACGAGGUCUCGGCGACCGACGAGAGGCGGGCAGGACUUCGGCUGAGUGCCGGGGGCGGCCUAGAUCCGGGCUCUGCGGACUCGCUGUCGCCUCAGGACCCCGUGGCCUUGGGGGGCAGUGCCCGAGCUGGGCUCCCCGGGGAGGCGGCGGCGGCGACCCUAGGGGGCCCUGGGGAGACCCCGGCCCGCCUGUCAAUUGAUGCGAUCGCGGCCCAGCUGCUGCGCGAUCAGUACCUGCUGACCGCCUUGGAGCUGCACACCGAGCUGUUAGAGAGCGGGCGCGAGCUCCCUCGGCUGCGCGACUACUUCUCCAACCCUGGCAACUUCGAGAGGCAGAGCGGGACCCCGCCGGGGACGGGGGCGCCGGGGGUCCCCGGGGCGACCGGCCUUGGAGGCGCAGGAGGUCGGGAGCCGAGUACGACGUCGGGUGGGGGACAGCUCAAUCGAGCUGGGAGCAUCAGUACCCUUGAUUCUUUAGACUUUGCAAGAUAUUCAGAUGAUGGUAACAGGGAAACAGAUGAGAGAGUGGCAGUCCUGGAGUUUGAACUACGGAAAGCCAAGGAGACCAUUCAGGCCCUCCGAGCCAACCUGACAAAGGCUGCAGAACAUGAAGUUCCUUUACAGGAACGAAAAAAUUACAAAUCAAGUCCUGAAAUUCAGGAGCCAAUCAAACCUCUUGAAAAGAGAGCUCUAAACUUCUUAGUCAAUGAAUUUUUAUUGAAGAAUAACUACAAGCUGACAUCAAUAACGUUUUCAGAUGAAAAUGAUGAUCAGGAUUUUGAACUAUGGGAUGAUGUAGGAUUAAACAUUCCAAAACCUCCAGAUUUACUGCAGCUCUACCGAGAUUUUGGAAAUCAUCAAGUAACUGGGAAAGACCUUGUGGACGUGGCCAGCGGUGUAGAAGAAGAUGAAUUAGAGGCUCUGACACCAGUUUUAGGCAACCUUCCUUCAACCCUUCAAACUCCUCAGACUGUAGAGAACUCCUUGCUAGUACAGAAAUUAGAAGAUAAAAUUAGUUUAUUAAAUAGUGAGAAAUGGUCUUUGAUGGAACAAAUCAGAAGACUUGAAAGUGAAAUGGACUUCCUCAAAAAUGAACACUUUGCCAGCCCUGUAGUUUGUGACUCUGUUCAGCCUUCUUUGGAUCAAUCUCCCCACAAAGACUCUGAAGACAGUGGAAAGAAUUCAGUUAUAAAUAGUUUGGACAAGGGAGAAAACAAGGAUGUCCAUCUUUCAAAAUCAGAUGAAGUUGAUUCCACUGUUCCUAAAGAGAAUUUCCCACAUUCUUUCCCCAGGAGAGAAAGAGAAGGAAUACCAUCUUCUUCUCCAUCAAGUAAAAACACAGUUCAUUUUGAUAAACCCAAUAGGAAGUUGUCUCCUGCUUUCCAUCAAGCACUACUCUCUUUCUGUCGAAUGUCAGCAGAUAGUCGUUUAGGAUCAGAGGUGUCUCGGAUUGCAGACAGUGAGACGAGCGUCAUGCUGAUGCUGGGGCGCUGCCUGCCGCACAUCGUCCCUAACGUGCUGUUGGCCAAGAGAGAGGAGUUGAUCCCCCUCAUAUUGUGUACAGCCUGCCUGCAUCCUGAGCCUAAGGAGAGAGACCAGCUUCUCCACAUACUUUUCAAUUUGAUCAAGAGGCCAGAUGAUGAGCAGAGGCAAAUGAUACUGACAGGCUGUGUGGCGUUUGCACGUCACGUUGGACCCACACGUGUUGAAGCUGAACUUUUACCACAGUGUUGGGAACAGAUUAAUCACAAAUACCCAGAAAGAAGAUUGCUUGUGGCAGAAUCUUGUGGAGCGCUGGCACCUUACCUUCCUAAAGAGAUCCGUAGCUCCUUGGUUCUUUCAAUGUUGCAACAAAUGUUAAUGGAAGAUAAGGCAGAUUUGGUAAGAGAAGCUGUGAUCAAAAGCCUUGGUAUCAUUAUGGGAUACAUUGAUGACCCAGACAAAUAUCAGCAGGGUUUUGAACUGUUGCUGUCAGCCUUGGGUGAUCCCUCAGAAAGAGUCGUUAGUGCUACACAUCAAGUAUUUUUACCAGCCUAUGCUGCCUGGACUACAGAACUUGGAAAUUUACAGUCUCACCUUCUACCCACAUUGCUGAACAAGAUUGAAAAACUUCUCAGGGAAGGCGAGCACGGGCUGGAUGAACAUAAGCUCCACAUGUAUCUGUCUGCCUUGCAGUCCUUGAUCCCAUCUCUCUUUGCAUUAGUGCUACAGAACGCACCCUUCUCCAGCAAAACCAAGCUUCAUGGUGACGUGCCACAGAUAGAAGUGACUAGGUUCCCUCGGCCCGCGUCGCCUCUUCAGGAUGUAUCCACGGUCGUUGGGAGUCGGGAGCAGCUGGCACUGCUGCUGCAGCUUUACGACCACCAGCUGGAGCACGAGGGCACAGCCGGCUGGGAGACCUUACUGUGGGUGGUCAACCAGCUGUUGCCACAGCUUAUAGAAAUAGUUGGCAAGAUUAAUGUUACUUCAACUGCCUGUGUCCAUGAAUUCUCCAGAUUUUUCUGGCGCCUUUGCCGGACAUUUGGCAAAAUUUUUACAAACACUAAGGUAAAACCUCAGUUCCAGGAGAUUUUAAGGCUAUCUGAAGAAAAUAUUGAUUCCUCAGCAGGAAAUGGGGUCCUCACUAAAGCUACUGUCCCCAUUUACGCAACAGGAGUCCUUACGUGUUAUAUUCAGGAAGAAGACCGAAAGCUGUUGAUUGGAUUCUUAGAAGAUGUAAUGACCUUGCUUUCAUUAUCUCAUGCUCCUCUUGAUAGCCUGAAAGCUUCUUUUGUGGAACUGGGUGCAAAUCCAGCUUACCAUGAGUUACUGUUAACUGUUUUAUGGUAUGGUGUUGUCCACACGUCAGCACUCGUGAGGUGUACUGCUGCUAGAAUGUUUGAGCUGUUGGUGAAGGGGGUGAAUGAAAGUCUGGUAGCUCAGAGGGUUGUUCCUGCUCUCAUAACUCUCUCCAGUGACCCUGAAAUCUCUGUCAGGAUUGCUACAAUUCCAGCCUUUGGCACGAUUAUGGAAACAGUUAUUCAAAGAGAGUUGCUGGAAAGAGUGAAAAUGCAGUUGGCUUCUUUCCUGGAAGACCCUCAAUAUCAAGAUCAAUAUUCUCUGCAUACAGAGAUCAUAAAAACAUUUGGUAGAGUUGGGCCUAAUGCAGAACCACGGUUCCGAGAUGAGUUUGUUAUACCGCAUCUGCAUAAGUUAGCCUUGGUGAACAACUUACAAAUUGUGGAUUCUAAAAGACUGGAUAUUGCCACCCAUCUCUUUGAAGCCUACAGUGCGCUUUCCUGUUGCUUCAUUUCAGAGGAUUUAAUGGUUAAUCACUUUUUACCUGGUCUCAGAUGUUUACGAAUCGACAUGGAACAUCUUUCUCCAGAGCACGAAGUUAUUUUAACUUCCAUGAUAAAAGAAUGUGAACAAAAAGUAGAGAACAAGACCGUCCAAGAGCCUCAAGGCUCAAUGUCAAUUGCUGCAAGCUUAGUGAGUGAAGAUACGAAGACCAAAUUCUUGAACAAAAUGGGUCAGUUGACAACAUCAGGUGCCAUGCUGGCCAACGUGUUUCAGAGAAAGAAGUAA